AUUUUUGGAAAUUAAAAAAAAAGGUGCAGAAAAAGAUUAAAAAUAAAACGUUUGGCGCAGUAACAUAUCAUCGCACCGUUUUGAUUUCGCACACAGAAGUAAUCGGACAGUGCAUCUCCAGAUCUCAAAUCCCUUCAUCGACCCACCGGCCAUGGCCUCCUGGCCCGCCUCGUCCGACUCCUCUAAUCAGGAGGCUGCUGCUGCAAUCCGAAAGAGAAAGCCGGGGCAUCAAAUCAAGUUCUUGAUUCCUCUUAUAUACGCCCCUGUUCUUCCCCUCAUUCGACUGUCGUUGCGGAGGAACCCGGUUGUGCGGGACCGUUUGUUUACUGCCGUGCUGGUUGGAGCAUUUGCUCAUGGCUUUUAUUUGGUAACUGAUCUGUAUGAUGUUGAGAGCAAGUGAAUGUCAAGAGCAUGGUUUGAGAUGUGCGGUAGCUUACACCUCUUCAACAACAUGAGUCGUUUUGCGGGUUCUUUCAGGGCAAUGUUCCAGUGGCACCAACAUUAGCUUAAGGCUAUUUUGAUACAUUGUCGUAGGAUAAUUUCAGAUUAUCUCCAUCUAUUAUGGAGUUAUACUGAUGCUACAUUUUGUCUUCUUUUCAUUGGCCGAAGAUGCAAGACUGCAAUCUGUUUCUGGCUUAUAAUUGCAAGUGAAUAAAUACAAAACUGGUUUUGUCAA